CGGUGGCGUAUUUGGGGCAGUUGGGUAGUUGCCUUUGUUCAGCACACAAUGACUUCACUGUGUGUGUGUGGCUUUCUCUGUGGACAAGAGCCUUUCUCGCGCGCCGGUGGCUCUUUGCGGUGUCCGUUUUGGGAAAUUUGCGCGCAAUUUCCCGUCGGUUUGUUUUCUUUCGCUUGUUUGGCGUCUGUUUCGUUCGGCGUUACGUCAUGGUGUUGCGUGUACCAUGUUUGCGGAGCGAUGUUGUACCGUGUUGGAGGAUACGGCCAACGAAUUGUUCCGUAUUCACGAAGGUAUUGGGCUCAUGUGUAUUAUGUGAACAUAGCUUUGGAGAGGAGGGUCUUUGUGCAUAUCCUUUCCACAGGGCUCCUGUUGCUUGAUACAUUGUUUUGUUGUAAUUGAGACUGCGAAGGAGCUGCUUCCUGUGGAUCGCCAUGGGUCUACGAUAAUGAGGCUUCUCUGCCUUAUACAAACCAUAUAUAGGGGAAGUUAGCAGUAACU